AUGGUGGAGCAGCACGGCGGAUGGUGGAGCAGAACGGCGGAUGGUGGAGCAGCACGGCGGAUGGUGGAGCAGAACGGCGGAUGGUGGAGCUUUGAAUAUUUUCUUCUUCUUUUUUAUAUGUUUAGGGUUUCUAUCAAGGUAACUAAAUCCGAACCGGACCGGCCGGUUAGACUGGUUGAACCGGAACCCGGACUUGUAUCCGGUUUGAUAACACUUGAUAAUCGUUUGAAAAUAAAACCGAAAAAGAGGCUGUUAGCCGAUAUAGAAAAGGAGAUGAAAAGAAUUUAUGUUCUUCUCGAUUAG